ACAAACCCUCACUCUUUUAUUUGAUUCAAAUCCAUAUCAACAAUAUUUGGUAUGACCUUGUUGCUCACCAAAACAUGCCACUAUGCCGUGCUGGUGGCUAUCGAAGAAGGUGCGUGGACAGGUUUCGCUGUCUUUCAGGCGGUACUUCAACCAUGGCCCAUCGUUUUCUAAUCCCAUGCUGCAUUCCAGGUCGUAAUUUUCCUGACAAUCCCGACCAGGAUGUGUUUAUCCAGUCAAGACUUAAUCUAGUUCUGCCAUCUGUGGUGGAUGACUUGAUUCCUCCAGCCACGCUUAUAAAUUCCGUACCCGUUUCAACCCAUUCUCGUCCUGCCUGGCGCACCACGCUCGCAUAUUUUGUAUCGGCCAAAUUGUUACGCCGUCUGAGAAAACAAGGCGCUCAGGUACGCCUGGAUGUAGCCACACUCAGCCUUGACAGUCGCCAUGAAGUCAUGGGUACAGUAUCCUUGGAUGUUAAGGACGCCAAAAUGGUACUUAUGAAAGAUGGAAAGCGAGAACUGAGGGAAGUCGAAGCGUAUGUCGUGGACAAGGGCAACUGGUUACCCUUAUCCCCGCCAGCCGGUGCAAAGGCAUCGCUUUCGUCACGAAAUCCCGAGAUCAAAGCCGGAUUAUUUGUUCUUGAUAUGCCGCAAGCUGUGAGUGAUCUUGCAGCAAGGUCAUCUACGCCCGUGCCUGCUACCUUCACGAAAAGGGCCCUGACCAAAACGGACCCUGGCUUAGAGCUGUGCUCAAGUAGUCAGAUCAUGGAGCAUGAUGAUCACAGCCUAAGUCAGCUUUCAUCGGAAGACGACGAUGACGACGAUGAGGAUAUUCCAAACCCUUCAAGGUCAAGCAGCUUAUCCGCCAAUAAAGCAAAACUCAAAUCGUCCGGCAUGCCGCGACGUGUUCAAUCUCACAAUAAUAUUAAACAUAUCGCCACGGAGUCGGAAUAUGUGCGAAAACGCUACUCCUCAUCCGCAUCCCAACCAAAAGUUAACCUGGAAAAACUUUCUACGGCCUUUACAGGCAUGAAAAUAGAACCGCAUGGGAAACCUAGCCCUACUAAUGGUACGACUACGGAACGACGACGACAUGAUCGAACGAGUUCAGAAACCUCUGCUACUACGGCUGCGUCCAAUAAUCAACUUCAAAGCCCCUCCUCCUCCUCUUCAUCCUCAAGUCUCCCCUAUCGCCAAAUCGGAAAAGGGUCUAAACCAAUCACUUUCUAUUUCAAUAUUGUCCAUGCAGACCAUAUCACCAGUCUCUUACGUGCCAAAUCUUCUUAUGCUCGCCGACGACCCCGACCUUUCUUCCGGUAUCAAUUUCUAUCCAACAUCAUCACAGCUCCUGCUUCGUCACUCUCCUUAAUUCAACAACGACAAUUUAGAGAUUCAAAAAACAAGGUGACAUGCUGCUUUCAUUUCCGUGGUCAGCCCCAUGAUAUUCAGUCGUGGCUUACGCGACAACAAAAAUUGGUGGUCACUUUGAUUGUCAAAUCCGAUAUGGACAACGAAGACGACGAAACUAUCGGCGUUUGUGAAAUCCCUCUAUCCAGUGUUGCAUUUUCGACUGCAAAUGGACUUCAACGAGCCAUCAAUGAUAACGAAGACUACUUCUAUGGCUCUGUAGAACAGGAUGCCAUCGAACGAGUGUUGCCUGAACGAAGCUUUCCUGUGUACGACUUGCAGACGAGAGAGCUUUGUGUCUCUGCUCCUGAGGAGAUUGCCCGUAUCACUGUUCGCAUGGGUUUAGUCGCUGGUUGGUGGAAUAACGACGCCACAGCUAGUCAAAGGGAAGACCAGGGGCGGCUUAAAUCGCAUCGUUUGUCGUGGACUCGGUUGUCCUCUGAGAAUGAUCAUGCCAACACUCUUAAGCGUGCGAAUAGCAAUGGUGCGGAACAAUUUGAACAACUGCUGAAAAACAAAAAAAUGAAACGCGCUGUAAGCGAACAGGGCUCGCCAAGACGAUCCUCUUCUCGGCAGCAACCACUUCACGGUAAAUUCAUUGCCCCACGACCUAUUGUGCCUUCCAGCUUUUCGUUCUCUAAAAGCGACGAUCUCUCCAUAUCUGAUUCCCUUGAGCAAGAGGAGCUGGAUAUGGAGGACGAUCCACCCUCCGUCAAUAGUCGACGACUCAUGGAGCAAAGACAAAAGCGUCUUGAGAAGACCUUGUUACGUGGUCACUCGGAUCUGGGGGCUUACCGCGAACGGCCAGUAAGCAGCUCGGAUCGUAAGAAAUCCAUCGAUGAUGCGCUGAUGCCACCACCUAUGAACCUCUCGCAACACAGACGAUUGAACAGAGCGCAUACACAUUCGUCAUCGUGGACAACGGACUUGCUUGACCCCGUACCGUCUCUCACUGCUGACAGCGACACCAUCAAUGAGGAAAUUGACGAUCCUUAUCAAGAGUCUUUGACCCAAAUGUAUUCAGAAGCUUUGGAUUUAAUGCGUGAUCAUUCAAUGAGAUGGAGCAAGGUGAAAACUUUGGUUACGAGCGAAGUAGAUAGAGUUCUUCGUGAACGACAACGUCUAGCUGAAUUUCGCAAGAACAUAGAAGUGAUGCUCAAGACAAAACGGGCAAGGGACCAUGGUAUUGCCAAACCGUCGUCCGUCAACCGUACCAAAAUGGCCGAAAAAAGACUGUCUGGAAACUUUUCGUAAACCCCUCCCCGAACUGUGAUUUUUAAUGCUUUCAUUUGUUUCUUAUUGUCAUCUUGUGUGUGCUUAAUUACCAUCAACCAAACACUGUAAUUUUUUGAUGUGUUGUAUGGAAAAAUCAGAAAAAGCCCCUUCUUUUUUCUUUCUUUUGCAAUAUUCCCCCUCAACCGAAUUCUGUUAAAUAUCCCACUCUCUCCUUUACCCCAUCUGUAUCUCCAUUUUUCUCUUUAUUGCAAGGCACUGCGCUGUAUUCUUCGUAUAUCUACCAAUCUCUUAUAAAUAUUACUCGUGUGAACAAUGACUUCCGUAUUAUCCAUAUGCAUUUAUUAUACUCGAGCUGAGAAAAACGAAUAGUUGGUAUUUCCGUCAAGUAAAUUGAGUCUCAUUAUAUAGAAUAUUGGUGUUAUCAAAUCAAACGUAUGGUCCAUGUUUUUAAAGCGCAUUGGAUAAUAUCAUGGGAGGGCUAAUCUUAUCGACGACCUGCAGCAUGAA